AUGAAAAAAGGCAAUGCACAUAUCUUUGAUAGAGUAGCUGGAAUACCUCAGUUUAAGGAUCUUGUUUUGCUGGAUGUUACUUUUCAGUCCGAUACCAGAUUUAAUAUUCAUGUAAAAAUAAACUCACAAAAGCAAACAAGUCUCUCCACGUGCUCAGGGCGCUUAGAAGAGAGGGGUGCAAUCAGAAAGAAAAUGUCUACCUAUUCAAUUCUAUUGUGCUACCUAACAUGUCAUAUGGGCUUGCGGUGUAUGGAGCGGCUGAAGCUGAACUAACAACGAUCCAGCGAUUUUUGGAUAGAUAUAAGAAGCCUUGGCACAUCUCGCAUAGCAUUGAUAUCCACGAUCUUUUGGAAAAAAAAAAGAUAAAGAAAAUACGCACUAAAGUCGUGGGUUUAGAGGACCAUACGCUUUAUGACAUGUUGCCAGAGGUUAAGAACACUAGCCUGUUCCACCUUAGACGAAAAUCAACAGUGAAACUUUAA